GAUAAUACGUUGUGCAUUUAUUUUUCAUAAAUACAUAAAAUAAUUAAAAACUAAUGAUAAAUAAAGUGUGAAUAGAAAAAGAUCAAAUGAAUAAACAUGAAUGAUCAAAAAUACAUAUUGUCACUGUCCUGCGAAAGACCCAUAGGUCCAUUUUUGUCAUUUUUAAAACGUUUCCAUUAAAAUGCUAUUUGGAAUCGUAUUCUUAAAGUGGAUGUGGAAACAAAACGUUUUAAUAGAUUCUUUUAAAUGUAUUUUUUUUUUUUAUGUACCGUAAUCGUCAAAUUUGGAUGCAGUAACCCGUUUGGCCUCGUGAGGGCUUCCAAAGGAGUGGGCGCAGUGGUAGUUGAAUAAGGAUCAGCCACGAGGCGCAUGCGUGAAGGUUGGAAGAGAAUACGCCAUAUUGAAUCCCAAAAGAAACCAGCCUGCGUUUCCCCCUACCUAGCGGCGUAGCGGGAGCUACUUUCCCCAUGUUCCUACCGAGGGUUCACGCGUAAUUUCCAUGCUCCCCGAGACGCCGUAGGGACAUAUCUCGGCUCGGCACGCGGCAUCACGACGGGCUCGCUGGCGUUCUACCCAACGAGGGAGGGGGGGGUCACCGGAGAACCAAGUUGAAUGGAUCCGAGGGUGGCUUGGAUUCAGCCCGAACAGAAAGGACCGGCGAACGCCUUAUGGAUGCACGUCUGGGAAACGUCUCAGGGAGUACGGACGCUCUCCGCUCAGCACGUCCACAACCAGUGUGUCAACUACGUCGCGCUGGACGUGUUGAAAAAUGCCGCGGUGUCGAACAAGAGCCUGGGCAGCGGCGGCGGCGGCGGAGACAGCGGCCAUCGCAGCAUCGUGAACGGCGGCGGCUCGAACUGUGUGAACGACGCCGCGAUAACCUCGCUGGGCAUGGCCCUCUCCAACUUUUUCGCCCCUGCCUCCGACGCGGGCGAAGGCAAGGCAACGUCCCCGAAGGCUGGGUCGUCCUCUCUGGAAUCCCGCGCGGCGGACAGUCCCCCCUGCGGCUGCCCGCCGGAAAGAACCGCGGCCGGGAAUCAAAACGUCGGCCUGCUUUACGCGCCGGGUGACAGCACGGACAACAACCAGUACCACCAACAGCUCCUCCGUCACAGCCGUCACGUGCUCAAUUUGCAGCAGUUGUGCGCUCAAAAUCACCAGGUGGCUCCUUCCUUACCCGGGAACCACUCUCACCCUCAUCGCCAUCACCACCAUCAUCUUCACCCCGACCGGACGAAAAGUGACAAUAAGGCCAGCACUUACGGGGUCAAUUACUUGCUUUCAAAUUGUACUAACGGCAACGAUGCGAGCACUUGGACGCCCUGGAAGACGAGAAAGUAUAACCCGGGAGUUCUCGGACUCCACGAGGAGGUGAUGGACUUCUACAACUUCUUGUCUCCACGGCCCGAGGAGGCCGCAAUGAGGAAAGAGGUGGUGAGCCGGAUAGAAAGGGUCAUCAAGGAGCUGUGGCCCACCGCAGAUGUCCAAAUAUUUGGCAGCUUCAGCACAGGACUGUACCUUCCAACGAGCGACAUUGACUUGGUGGUGUUUGGGAAGUGGGAGCGCCCCCCGCUGCAAGACUUGGAGCAGGCUCUUCGCAAGCACAAUGUUGCCGAGUCCUUCUCCAUCAAAGUGCUGGACAAAGCUACGGUGCCAAUCAUCAAGCUUACAGACCAGGAGACUGAGGUGAAAGUAGACAUCAGCUUCAACGUUGAGACUGGCGUCAAGGCGGCGAGCUUCAUUCAAGAUUGUCUUCAGAAGUACCCGGUGCUGCCUUACCUGAUCUUUGUGCUGAAGCAGUUCUUGCUGCAGAGAGACCUGAAUGAAGUCUUCACAGGCGGAAUAAGCUCCUACUCCCUCAUCCUCAUGGUCAUCAGCUUCUUGCAGCUUCAUCCUCGCAUCGAUGCCAGGAACCCCAGCGGGAACUUGGGCAUCCUGCUGAUCGAGUUUUUUGAGUUGUACGGUCGCCAUUUUAACUACUUGAAAACGGGGAUUCGCAUCAAAAACGGAGGCGCAUACAUUGCCAAAGACGACAUGGCCAUGACCAACGGUUACAGGCCGUCCAUGCUUUGCAUCGAAGAUCCGUUGCUCCCAGGCAACGAUGUGGGCAGGGGUUCCUAUGGCGCCAUGCACGUCAAGCAGGUGUUUGACUACGCCUACACUGUCCUCAGCCACGCCGUGUCACCGCUCGCCCGAUCGUAUCCCAACAAAGACUCGGAAAGCACCUUAGGAAGAAUCAUCAGGUUGACCCAGGAAGUGAUCGACUACAGAGAGUGGAUCAUCAAAAAGUGGGGUGGCAGGGAUGUGGCUCGAGCGGAUAACACAGCGCCGACUCCCAAGGAGCCGCUUUCCGACCGGGACCCCAGCUGCGCGGUUGACAACGGCGCGGGGUCAGAGGAACCGCAGAGGGACUCGGUGUCCCCCCAGAGCGCCGACUCGCCCAUGUCCAUCUCCAGUCCGCAGCAGCACUCAUCCGCCUCCUCUGUCUCCUCGCUCUCUGGAUCAGACAACGACUCGGAUUCAGCGCCGCCCUGUCCGGCGCCUCCGCCCCCUCUCCCGCCCUACGCGUCAUUCCCGCGGUUGGGCCUGGCUUUUCCACAGGGAUUCACCAUGGGCACCGCCAAACCAGCAAUGGCGGCGGGGCACCAUCUGGUCUUGCCUCCUGGCUCGCAGGCUCGCGCCUCUCUCCCCGGGGCUCUCACAAUUCACCCCAUACCCGGCAGACAGGUGUGUAUCGACACCGGUCUCCCCGCCUUCUUCCACAUGCACCCCCCAGCCCAUGCCCCCGCCACUUCCAGUCCCCAGCCUCUGCCCAGCCCCCACUCCGGCCACGCACAUAAGAACGCCGUCAAAUUCAACAUGAAGGUCUUGCACAACCCGCCGCUCAUCACCAACCUGGUUGCGACCUCGCGCGGACACGCUCACUCGCACGCGCAGCACCACCGGAACACUUGGCGACGCCGGAAGAGGGACAGCCUACCGGUCAGCCCCAGCAGAUAGAGGCCGGUCGUGCCCCCCUCACCACCCCGCCCCCCCCUCACGGAGACCAGUCUUUUUGGAUCGACCGGCGCGACCGCGACAUGGAGCAGCCCGCAGCUGCGCUUCCGCUUCAGCGUGACCUUUUGUUCACGGCCUUGUAGCGUUUCAGUAUUAUGUUGCGGUCAGUACUUUUGCUUUCUUGGGUUCUGGCUCUGUCCAGAGCUCAUGUCUUGAUUGGUUUUUGGAACGAUGCUGAUGAGAGCUGCGGUUGGCCUACAUUUCCCCCCCCUCCUCAGUUUUGUGCAAUACCUUUUUUUUCUUUUUGGAUCUUAAAUGCUUAUUUAAUUUUGUGUGUAUAUGUCAAAGGCAUUUUUUUAUACAGUUUAUUUUAUUUUUGUAGAGUUUUUACAUUCUGUUUACAGAACCUUUGAGGUAUUUGUGGUGAGAAGGAGCCCAGGUCCAAGACCCCUCCUCUUACUUCGGUCAGCCUCAUGUUUUCCCCUCCGAGACGAGGUGAGUCUGUUGCUCCUCGAGGAACUUCUCUCUCUCAUCCUGGAGGCGAGUGGCAGGAAAAUGGCAUCCUGCGAUCAGAUCUCGGUGAGAGGAUGUCAUUGUGUUUUGGCUUUUGCAACCUCAAGAUUGUCUCGCGUCUUUUCGUGGACUCUGUUGCUGCAAUAUUUUUUCCGUCACUGCCUUCUUCCCCUUCUUUACUGUUUUUUCCAAGUUGGGGGAAUUGUCAAAAUCGGUUCGAACGAUGGAGACCGACUUGUGAGAGUGACUGUGGCUAGCACCAGAACGUGCUCAGCGGUAAGGGGCUUCCCCAAAAAAAAAAUGCAAGGACCCGAGUUUAAAGGGAAUUCUGUUUUGAUUCCAUUCAGGAAUCUUGUGUAUAUUUGAUCGCCAGGUACUUCCCCUAAUUGUUUGCGAUGCCUUUCUUAGUGUUUACUCGCUGUGUACUCGAGUGUGUGAGUGUGUGUGUCUGCACGCACACUCACAGAGAGGACGGCGCAAACGGCUGUGACUCGCCAUCAACACUACAAACGCUCACCCGUGUUAUUUCUAUGCAAGUGGGUUACUCCAAUUAUCGCGUCACGUUUUGUGCAGUCGAGGGUUGUUGUUUUUCCUCCCCUGCGGAAGAUGGACAAGGCUCAAAUGGACUGGACAGAAGUCCAUUGAUAUUCGUGUGAAUGUGUUUGUUGGUGAACCACAUCCCCCGACUCUUACAUUAGUAUGAAACUCCCGAGAUGUCCCAAAAUUCUAGUUUUGUACACAUAUCUGCCAAAUGUAAGGAGUAGGGGAAUUUUAUCAUCCGCGUUUGGGCUCCGAGUCUGUGAAGUGCGUGCGUGUGUGACCUAGUUAAGUCCUCGUUGAACAUCUCGGGACGGUUUUGGAGUCAAAACAGGCUGCGCCCAGAGAGCGACUUGCCCUCUGUCCGUGCAGCAUCGAUGCGCCUUUUUCCACGAUGUUGAUGUUCACUGCUGUUAGGCGAUUUUAACUUUUCUUCUUUUUCUUGCUUUUCUCCACGGGCAAAAGCGCCUGGCAACUCUCACCCGCCACUCACAACUGCCCGCCCGAGCCCCCAUUCGACCCCCAGAUGAAUGGUUCGACAAGGGAGCUCAUAAGUUGAUCGGUAACACUCACCCGUAGAAAUUCUCACCCAAAUUUGAAUCAUGCACUCGGCCGCCGUCUUUUAAAAAUCUUUUAUGAUUGCAUUCGAUUACAAGCCCCAUUCUAAAGUUAUCAAAUACUUUUUUUUUUUAAAACCGCGUCUACUUUUAUGAGGAAGCAACAACGAAAUGGCCAAUGUCAAUUUUCUGUCUUUGGAAG